AACACCUAUACUUGGCUUCGUUUAGAAAACACUAUCUCUCCUGUGAUUCAGCCUAUAUGAUGAGAAGAAACCUAAAUUACAAAAACCCCAUUUUCAUUUGUAUGUAUUUUGUAACUUGUAAGGUUGAGGAUAACUAGAUCCAAACUGACACAAACAAACACAAGCUCAAGCGCAAGCUCCAUUAACCAAGAAAACAAUGUCCAUAUCAAUGUCUUUGUUCUCUCCGCCACUAACUCGCUUUCCACCUUCCAAACCCCAUUUCACCUACAAAUCGACACUCUCUCUCGGACCCACGAACCGUCCUUUUCUCCUAUCCAUUCCCAAGGCCUCUACAGACAAUGGAGGAGCUGGAGUUUCAGCCUCCGCUGCUACUGUAGAGGAACCAAAAUUGGAGCAGAAGACACCAGAGUCUUCUGAUUCAGUUCCUGUGGCUGAAAAUAGCUCUAAUGGAGCUGUGGCUGCUGGGGGAGAGGAGAAGGUUGAAGUGAGUAAAUUUGGGGACCCCAGGUGGAUUUCAGGGACUUGGGACUUGAAGCAGUUUCAGAAAGAUGGGAAAACCGAUUGGGAUGCUGUUAUCGAUGCCGAGGCUAGGAGGAGGAAAUGGCUCCAGUGUAACCCAGAAUCAUCAAGCAACAACGACCCUGUUGUUUUUGAUACCUCAAUAAUACCAUGGUGGACAUGGAUGAAAAGAUUCCAUCUGCCGGAAGCAGAACUUCUCAAUGGCCGUGCUGCAAUGAUUGGGUUUUUCAUGGCUUACCUGGUUGAUAGCUUGACUGGUGUUGGUCUGGUUGAUCAGAUGAGCAACUUCUUCUGCAAAACUCUACUGUUUGUAGCUGUGGUAGGAGUGCUUCUAAUACGGAAGAAUGAGGAUUUAGAAACCAUAAAAAAGUUGCUGGAGGAGACAACCUUCUAUGACAAGCAAUGGCAAGCAACCUGGCAGGAUGAGAAAUCCACCAGCCCCAAAGAUGAUUAGCUGUAAGGAAAAUUCAAACUUUGCUUCGUGUUCUAAUUUCUCCUGUGCUAUUGUAGUAUCCUUGAUAAGAGCGAAAUUUUCAUUGUAAUAUAGGUUUCCUCGGAGUUCAUAUGCACAGCACUGUUGCUGUUUUCCUGAAUGGUAGUGGAUUGCAUGAUAACAAAUAAUAGUCCUAGGAGGGUUGGUUGGCAGUUUCAUUUACCAAUUGUUUACUGCCUGUUGGAAAAUAUCAAAUGUUUUCACAAA